AUGUUGGCUGGUGCUAUUGUUCAGAUUCCUCCAGCGAAUGCGGGUAACUGGAACGGGGAUGAUGAUGGGUACCGUGCAUUAGGGAGAUUCCAGAGGAACAAUCCUCCUGUUUUUGAGGGUGAACAUGAACCAGAUAAAGCUCAAGCUUGGCUGAAGGCGAUUGAGAAGAUCUUCAGAGUUAUGAACUGUACUGAUGCUCAGAAAGUGCAGUUUGGUACUCAUAUGCUGGAAAAGGAAGCUGAAGAUUGGUGGAAUAACACUCUUCAGAGGUUUGAAGAAGAUGGCAUUGAGGUUACUUGGGAUCUUUUUCGUGAUGUCUUUUUAGAGAACUAUUUUCCUAAAGAUUGUCGUGGGAAGAAAGAGGUGGAGUUCCUUGAGUUGAAGCAAGGAAAUGGUACUGUUGCUGUUUAUGAUGCUAGGUUUCAGGAGCUUAUCAAGUAUUGUCCCCACUAUAAUACUGCUAAUGCUGAGAGAUCUAAAUGUCAUAAAGCUGCUGAGUGCAAGAAAGAGGUUACUACUUGUUUCAAGUGUGGCAAGUAUGGUCACAUAGCUACUAAUUGUAGAGGUGGUUUGAAUGUGACUUGUUUCAACUGUGGAGAGAAAGGUCACGUUAGUACAAAAUGUGACAAGCCAAAGAAGGAGCAAGCAAAAGGAAAAGUGUUCGCAUUGUCUAGUGCGGGAGCCACUACUGAUGAAAGGCUAAUUCAAGCAACCUUAGAUGUACGCGAGAAGAGAACCAUUGAGGAAUUUCCGAUAGUUUGUGAAUUUGCGGAGGUAUUUCCGGAUGAUAUAAUUGAUUUACCACCGGAACGAGAAGUUGAGUUUUCGAUUGAUUUAGUUCCUGGAACUGGUCCUGUAUUGAUGGCUCCAUAUAGGAUGUCCGCUUCUGAGCUAAAAGAGUUGAAGAGUCAACUUGAAGAGUUGCUUGAGAAGAGAUUUAUUCGUCCUACUGCAUCGCCGUGGGGUGCACCUGUGUAG